AUGUUGGCUUGCUGCUGCUUUGUGUCCCAGCUGCUCAUCGUAAUAACGCUCAUACACCUUGCCAUGACCAAGAGCAAGGUCCGCAGUGGCACAUGCUCAUCGGCGAUGGUCCCGCUUCCACUUUCGCCGGGACCAUGGUCGUGGCCACUGGUGGGUAGCCUGCCCGAGAUGGUGCUCAAUAAGCCAGCGUUCCGUUGGAUCCAUCGCGUGAUGAAGGAUAUGGGCACCGACAUCGCUUGCUUCCGCCUUGGCGGCGUCCACGUCGUCCCGAUCACAUGUCCCAAGAUCGCAAGGGAGGUGCUCAAGAAGCAAGACAAGAACUUCUUGUCCCGCCCACUCACCUUCGCCUCCGACGCCAUCAGCUGCGGGUACAAGGACGCCGUGCUCACGCCGUUCGGCGACCAGUGGAUGAAGAUGCGCAAGGUGCUCACCUCUAAGAUCAUCUGCCCCUCCCGCCACAAGUGGCUCCAUGACAAGCGCGCCGACGAAGCUGACAACUUGACGCGUUACAUCUACAACCUCACCGCCGUGGGGUCAUCUUCAACGUUGGGACUAGCCAACGUCAAUGUCAGGCAUGUCACACGACAUUACUGCGGCAACGUCAUCCGCCGGCUUGUCUUCGGCCAACGGUACUUCGGGGAGCCUCAGACGGACGGCGGGCCGGGGCCGAUGGAGGUGGAGCACAUGGAUGCUUCCUUCACCCUCCUAGGGCUCCUCUUCUCGUUCUGCAUCAGCGACUACCUCCCGUGUCUACUUGGCCUAGACCUCGACGGCCACGAGAAAAUUAUUAAGGAGGCCAACACAAAAGUGGAUAGACUGCACAACAUGGUCAUUGAAGAGCGUUGGAGGCAAUGGAACAGCGGCGAGAGGCAGGACGGGGUCCAGGACUUCCUUGACGUUCUCAUCACGCUCGCCGAUGGUGACGGCAAGCCAUUGCUCAACAUCGAUGAGGUCAAAGCACAAUGCAAGGACAUAAUAUUAGCGGCCAUAGAUAACCCGUUAAACGCAGUGGAGUGGGCGCUGGCAGAGAUGGUGAACAACCCAGAAUUGGUGGCCAAAGCGGUGGAGGAGAUGGACCAGGUGGUCGAUCGCGAGCGACUGGUGCAAGAGUCGGACAUCAUGCAUCUCAACUAUCUCAAGGCGUGCAUACGUGAGGCAUUUCGCCUCCACCCAGUCGCUCCCUUCAACGUGCCGCAUGUCGCAAUUGCCGACACCAUUGUUGCGGGCUACCGCGUUCCCAAGGGUAGCCACGUCAUCCUCAGCCGGCUGGCCCUGGGCCAGAACCCCACCGUCUGGGAUGAACCACUCCACUUCAAGCCAGAGCGCCAUAUGGGAGACAACAUCAAUGUGGUGCUUACCGAGAGCGAAUUGCGGUUCAUCUCCUUUAGCACCGGACGGCGGGGAUGCAUCGCGGCAUCACUAGGAACAACCAUGAGUGUCAUGCUCUUCGGCAGGCUCCUGCAUGGCUUCACCUGGACCAAACCGUCUGGGGUGUCGGCCAUCAAUCUCCGCGAGUCCAAGCACGACCUCUUCAUAGAGGAACCGCUAGUGCUACAUGCUGAGCCACGUCUUGCAGCGCACCUCUACUCUCUCAUGCACCGUUGA